CUUGUGACAACCGCAAUGCCUUCGUAUAACAUUGAUGGAGUGCUGGUCGAGUUUCCCUAUGAGGCCUACGACUGCCAGUUGGAAUAUAUGCGUGCCGUCGUCCGCAGUCUCGAAAAUGGAGAGAAUGCUUUGUUGGAGUCACCCACGGGCACUGGAAAGACGCUGUGCCUCCUUUGUGCUAGCCUAGGGUGGCGACGGCAUCGGCAACAGGUAGUGGAAGCAGCCAAGACAAGCUGGGAGGCGCAGGCUGAAGGUAAGGGAGCUCUACAGGUCCCACGGAUUUUCUAUUCCAGCAGGACCCACACUCAGCUAAAGCAGGUGAUGAAAGAGUUGAAGGCUACGAGCUACAAACCAUUCAGUGUAAUGCUGGGCUCACGACAGCACUUUUGCUUGCACAGUUCGGUGCAGCGCCACAGCGGUGCCCGGCAAAAUGCCAUGUGUCGACGUGUGGUAGACGAACACCGCUGUCCAUUCUACACGGGCUUCCGAAAGUGUGGCAGCAAGGUCUCCACGGCUCUACGAGAUAUCGAGGAGAUCGUCGAAAGCUGCAGAGAAGCGACGGUGUGUCCAUACUUCAAGGUGCGGGAGGAUGCGAAAGAGGCUGACUUGCUGAUGUUGCCCUACGACUAUUUGAUCAGCCCCCAAACCCGUGAGUCCCUGCAGGUAUCCUUGAAGCACAGCAUCCUCAUAUUUGACGAAGGGCAUAACAUCGAGCGAUCUUGUGAGGAGAAUGCGUCUUUCGAAAUUACCCAGGCAGACAUUGCGGGUGCCAUUGGAGAACUGGAGGAUGCCUUUGAUUUGGUGGAGCAGGGUGAGGCGAUUGAGGUUCUGAAGGAUACAAAAUGCGACGUGUUCUUGAAGCACCUGAAUUUGGUGAAAAAGCACCUUUUCGCCCUAGAAGACGCAAUCUCAGCGGAGACUUUGGUGCAGGACGCUGCCACCGGGCGCAACUUGCGCAAGGCUAACGGCAGCCACAUCUUGUCAUUGUUGGCCCAACCCGGGGCGCGUGGCAUCGCCACUGAGAAGGAGGAUUUAAAGCACAUCACCCAGCUGAUCCGGAGGGCAGCUGAAGUCUUGACCCGCGGACAAGAGACUUUAACCUCAGGAG